CUCGCGAGAUGUGCGGGCGCCAGGGCGUGAUGGUCUCUGGUUCUUUGGAUAGCUGUCCUUCGAAGGAUUUAAGCUACCUUGUGAAAUCCUAAGGUCUUUGACCUUGGGAGUCUGAGAAUCAUAACUUUCGAGACCCAGAGGGGCCAGCCGAAACCAUCUGGUCCUGCUGCUACUGCAUACAGUUGGGGAGACAGGCCUAAGAGGGAGUGAGAGAGGGGAAAUGGCCAAGGUCUUACAGGAUUACCAGUUAUGGGUGGUGUCACUGUCAAAAUUUUUUAUUAAAUGCUUGCUAUAUGCAAGGGCUCUGUAGUAGAUGAUUAGUGUAAAAAGACGAAAAACAGUUCUUCAAGCACCUUACAUUCUAUUUGGGACGUUGGCAGGUAUGCUGACAAAAUGCAAGAUAGAGUUACAUAGGAUAUUUUGCUGCUUUAGGAUGGUGUGUGUAAAUGUGUGACUUUGUCCUGGCAUCAUCAAGUUGACAGUGUAAAGGAAGAACUGGACCAUAUUAAAAGUUAGAGACAAAAAAAAUUUGAGUAGAGAAGGCAAUUCCCUGAGCUGUGCUGGACUGAUGGAGAUGAAGGUAGUAUUAGUGGGCAUAGGGCAGUCUUUGGAAUCAAAACUUGGGUUCAAGUGCUUCCUCUGACAUACAAUUUGACAAUGGGUAAGUCACUUGGCCUUUCAGUGCCCUAGGUAAACGAAGAAUUACAAUGUGGAUGGGUUGAUGAGUAGAAUAUUCUUGGAGUUUCCACAGCAGGAGUCACACAUACUAUGAAAUAUCAGGCCACAUAAGAUGAUGGAAAAUACACCAAGGAACUUCCCCUCUCUUUUUGUCUCAGUAGAUAUAAAUACUUGGAGAGUGCCCUAUGCAGAGAUGUUAUAUAUUUCAGAAAUGUUUGGUGCACACCAUAGCUGUGGGUGUAAAUCAUGACCUCCCUACAAGUUAGUAGAAGAUCUUUAUGAGUUGUCAUAGCUAAAAAAAAUUGCUUCCUUGCUGGCUAAUCUUCUGGCGUUAUAUGUUUCUCUGGCUGUAACCCAAUUGACUCUUAGAUGUCAAUGUGCACUUCUAUUUCCUGGCCUGUAUUUGAAAUAAAGUUUGAUAGGUCCCCUCUAAGACUUGCACUGGGCUAGCAUUAUAGCUGUUAGGAGUCCAAGGUUAUUUCUUUUCUUUUCUUUCGUUCUUUUUUUUUAAUCCUUACUUUCUCUUAGUAUCAGUUCUAAGACAGAAAAGAAGCAAGGGCUAGGCAGUUGGGGUUAAGUGACUUGCCCAGGAAGUGUCUGAGGCCAGAUUUGAACCUACAUUCUCCUAACUCCAUGCCUGGUGCUCUUUGCACUGUGCUUUCUAGCUGCCCUUCCAGGGUCAUUUCCAGGUCAUGAUGAGGCAGAAUAGGACUUUUGUGGAGAUCCAGGUUUAUCAUGGCUAAUAAACAUUUAUUAAGCUCCUACUAUGUGCCAGGUACUAAAUGACUUAAAUGCUGGGGAUACAAUAAAAAAAUAGUCCUUUCCCUCAAAGAGCAUACCAUUUAAUGGGAGAAGACAGUACACCAAAGGAAGCUGAAAAUGGGAGGAGGCACCCUACUCAGACAUGGUGGAGAAGUCAUCUGGGAAGUCUCAAAGCAGUUCAGCCAGAUAAGAAAUGAGUUGCGCUCUCUCCUUAAAGAGAGAGUUGGCUCUGCCCUCUAAUCAGAGAGGCAGAGGAUGGUGAUGUGGUAGAUCACUCAUGGUAAAUCAGUAAAUUAGAAUUCUGACUUAUAAGUUAGUUUUUUUAAUCAAUUUUAUUAAUUUGAAAUUAUCCAUAGAGUUUGAACAUACUUGGUUGAAAUGAUAAAAUAGAAUUUCUGACCCUAAAAAUCUAAGCUUCAGAAACUAGACCCAUGAUGACCCCACUGAGGUACAAACACCUAGUGAGAUCCUGUCUAGGACAAACAACUAGCCUCUAUUUGUACAUCUUGAUUAUAAGCCCAUAUCAAUAAACACAUCAUGUCAGGGAAAAACUUCAGCUGGUGCCUUUAUUAUUCUCUCUGCCCUCCUGCCUUACACUCAGGGACUGGCCAAUAACCUGCUACGCAAAACUAGCCAGCAGUGACAAGAUGCUGAGAGUGAGAAUUCGUCUUCUCUACUGACAUUUAUUGAGUAUGUGUUUAUAUGAUAUGGUGCAAUGAAUGAGGUGUCCUGAAAAGUGGUAUUUCUUGACCAUAAUCAAAUAUCAGCAUCUUUCUCUUUGUUUUUUUUUUCCAGUUUUGUUUUGCUAUGAUUUCAUUGGCUUAGGGUGUUCUCCAUUGAGAAAAACUAUAUACAUCCAUUUAGAUCAGCAACUGUUUUAUAAUUGAUUGUUAUGAGAGAGACACAUGACAUAGUAGACAUGGAGUGGUAGAUUUGGAGUCAGUUAAUUCUAGGUUUGAAUCCUAUUCCAGAUCUGAAAUAUGAUCCUGGACAAAUCACUUAAACUCUCUUAGCUUCAGUUUUCUAAUCUGCAAAAUGAGGAUAUCAAACUGUGGUCUUCAAGGACCCUUCUUGGUCUAAAUCUGUGAUUGUAUGAUGUUUAAAUUGAUUGACAUUACUGAGAACUUAAGUGAAUUGCCCAGGGCCAUUAUGUGUUAGAGGUGGGCAAUGAAUCUAGAAGUUUUUGAUUCUAAGCUAGCUCUCUAUCCAUUAUACCACCAUGUCUCACUAGCAUUUUUAGAUUAGAAGUAGAAGACUGUAUUAUAUGAAUGUUUGAGACCUGUUACACUUCCUAAUUUAUGGAACCUAAUUUGAUGUUUAAUUUGUGUUUCUGGUUAUGGCUCUCAGUUGGUUGCAAGGAUUUAAGCUAGAACAGCCCUGGGAUAUCUGGAUUACCACAGGAAAGUGUAACCCAGGACUGACUCAUUCUUUUAAUUGAGACCAGAGUAGUUCCAGAAUGGUUUCAUUCCUUUGAGGUUCUCUUAAAUUAAAAUAUUACCUUAAGAGUCCCAGACAUAAUAGAACAAAGAAAUGACUCAAACCCUAGGAUUAACCCUGAAACCAGAAAGCCAUAUUGUCACACUAGGCAGAACUUUUAUUUUUUUUUAAUUUGGAAAUUUUUAUUUAAUUAAUUAAUUUAGAAUAUUUUCCCAUGGUUACAUGAUUCAUGUUCUUUCCCUCCUCUCCUCCCACCCCCCUCCUGUAGCCAAUGAGCAGUUCCACUGGGUUUUACAUGUGUCAUUGAUCAAGACCUAGUUCCAUAUUAUUGAUAUUUGCACUAGGGUGAUAGUUUAGCGUCUACAUCCCCAAUCAUAUCCCCAUCAACCCAUGUGAUCAGGUAGUUGUGGGCAGAACUUCUAAAAAGACAGUUGUUUUGUGAGAAAUGUGAGGUAGAUGAUAAGGAACAGCUCUUGCUGGGAAUGGAGGUAUUUUCAUUCCUUAGAGUAGGAGCUAAUCUUGAAACAGUAGUUUUUACCCUUCAAAAAAAAAUUGUCCUUUCCUGCCUCUUUUUAUGUAAUAGUUUUCUUGGAGUUCCCUUCCUUCUGUUCCCUCUGACUGUUGAAAUCAUAGUCACACUUCAGAUCAAAUGCUUACUUUCUCAUCAAGCAUUGCCCAGGAACCAUAUGUAGGAUAUCCACUUCACAUGAGGCAUUUUGCUAGGGAUAAAAAGAGAGACAUAAUGCAGACUCUGCUCCUACAAUUCAAUAGUAGGGAAAUGACAUUUAUAUAUAUAUAUAUUCAAAUAAUCAUGCCAGGUACUUAGUAGGUUCUUAAAUGCUUAUUGAUUAAUGAAGUAAAUGCAAAGGAGAGAGCCAACAAAAGUUCAUGAAAACUGUAAUAAUGGAGAUAAUUUUCAGAUGGGGGUAGUGGUGGUUGGGAUCAAGGAAUACUUUAAGCAUCUGAGUUGGUUAUUGAAAGAAGAGGACAUAUUAAUGAACUGAAGCAGGUAGCAGAGGAACAACUUUUUGGGGAGGUAAUGUUGUAGAGUGGAAAGAGCAUUAGACUUGGACAGAGUAUGAAUUUUGUCUGUGCCAGAGAUGGGAUUCUAGGCAAGUUUCCACAUCUGUAAAACAAUGAUAAUAUUGCUUUUACUAACUUAUGAAGUAAAUAAAUCUUGAAAUGCUAUACAAAAUAUAGGAUUAUUAUUCUAAUGAAUUGGUAGUAGAGUACAAAAAUCUGCAAAAUUGGGAGAAUUGGUUCUAUGACCCCCUUGAGUAAAGGACUGAUGUUGUAGUGCAGAUAAUUUAGAAAGUUGCCCUAGUCAUAGCAAAUAUCUCACCUUUCCUGCACCCCAACCCAGGUUCCUCUAGACUCAGACUAGGCUUUAUUUUUUUCCUUUUUUUCCUUUAGUAACACACUUAAUAUAGAUUUUCCAAAGUUAUAUGAUUCAUAUUAUCUCCUUCCCUUCUUCCCUUCCCCUUCCUGGAGUUGGCAAGCAAUUGAAUAUGGGUUAUAUAUGUAUUAUUGCACAAAACACAUUUCCCAUAUUCUUCAUUUUUGUAAGUAAAUCUUUUUUUGGUAAUUUUUUUGGAAAUGAUUUUUUGUAAAUCUUAUAAAACCCAAACCAUAAAUCAUAUACCUAAGUAAACAAGUGAUAAAUCAUAUGUUUCCAUCUGCAUUUCUACUCCAACAGUUCUUUCUCUGCAAGUGGAUAGUAUUCUUUUUCAUAAGUCCCUCAGAAUUGUCCUGGGUCAUUGUAUUGCUAUUAGUAGCAAAGUCUAUUACAUUUGAUUAUCCCUCAGUAUUUCAGUCACUGUGAAUAAUGUUCUCCUAGUUCUGGUUAUUUCACUCUGUAUCAGUUCAUGUAGGUCUUUCCAGUUCAGACUAGACUUUAUAUUUUAAAAAAUCACUUGCAUGUAAUAUUCCAUACAUCAAUCACAAAAUUAACUAAUUAAUUUGCUCCCGUUGAGAACUCCAGGAAAAUCUCCAAAAAUAUACCUAUAUUGACUAUUUCCUGUUAAGAUUCUUAUCUUGCCCUUUUGUGUGACCCAAACAAGAAAACAUAUUUCCAUUGUAAUUUAGAAGAACUUUACUGGGAGAAAUAAAAAAGAUAAAGCAAUAAAACUCAAAGGGGCAGAGCAUUUCUCUGGAAAAGAAUCACCCCUUAUAUAUGCCUACCCAGAAUUUUUCUCUGUCUCUACCUUAGAAGUCUUAAAACAAUUGCUAUCUGUUUAAGACCUAUGCCCAGUAUGACAAUUCAUGACAUUCCUUGCAUUUUUAGAGUGGUGGUUAUUUCCUCUUAACCUCUAUUUGUGUCCCAGAGUGUGACGGUUCAGGUAGAAACCAGAGGAAUUGGAAGAGAAGAUCCCCCUACAUAAAUAUAGGGUCUAAACUAGGAAUAUAUGCUAUGGAGAAGGGAAGAGGGGAAAUAGAAAAUAGUCCAAUUUGGCUGGCAGGUAGGAGAAUAAAGUAAAAUAUGGUUGGAAAAGUACCUUGGAGCCAAAUUAUUGGAUGACAGAGGUGAAGCUUUGAAUAUCAAAACUGAGGGUUUAGAGGCAGCCCAGGUAACAUAGUGUAUAGUGCAACAGGCCUAGAGUUGGGAGAACUUGAGUUCAGAUGUGAAAAUCACUUCACCCCCAUUGCCUAGCCCUUUCUCUUUUUCUUAGAAUUGAUACUAAGACCCAAGGUAAAGAUUAAAAAAAAAAAGGUUAAGGGUUCAUAUUGUUAUUUAAUUUCACCUGGGCCUUCACAGUUGCAUGGUAACUUUUUUUUUUCUUGAUUGAUUCCAUUUUGCAUUUCCUACUACUUCUCUUCCAGACCUUCUUCUACCAGAUACACCACUCCUCCUCCUUCCUUUUAGUAGAGGGAUUCAUUUCAUUAUUUGAGAAAAAUGAAGCUGAGCUUCCUCUUCUCUCCCAAUCUAUGUUCCUCAGGUCAUCUCAAAAUCACCCAUUAUUCAUGCUUCCUUUUCCUCAGAAUCUGAGGGAGAGAUGGUUUUCUCCAUGCCAAGGCUUCUAUUUAUGUUCUUGAACGCUAGUAGCUGUUAAAAGAAAAAUCCUGUUUUUUUGUGUAAUUGAAGAAAAAAAUAAAAUAUUAUGAAAUCCUUUUAGAAAAAAUAAGAAAAAUUCUAGUUCAGACCUUGUUCAAAUAAAGGCAAAUAAAGGAAGUAAGUCAAAGGAGUUUAGUGGCCCCCUCUGGUAUGAAGCAGUUGGAAUGGGUUAUUUUUUUUUAAUUGUUGGUUAUUUUUUUUUCACUCAUGUCUAACUUUCCCCCCAUUUGGGGUUUUCAUGGCAAAGAUAAUGGAGUGGUUUGCCAUUUCCUUCUUCAGGUCAUUUUAUAGAUGAAGAAACUAAGGCAAGUGGAAUUAAAUACCCAGGAUCAUGUCGUACUAAGUGUUUGAGUCCAGAUUUGACCCCAGUCUGGCACUCUAUCCACUAUGCCACCUAGGUGGAGUGGGACCAGUGCUAAAUCAAUGCUCCAGCCUACUUUAUAGACAGUAAUAGAACAAUUUACAUAUAAAGGUAAAACAGUUGAAAUUGGUGGAGGUGUUCUUGAAGAGGGGAGACAAGUGCCAUCUCAGUGCCUCCCACUAAAGGUAUCAUUGGGAGAUAAGAUGAAUUCUUAGAUGAUGGGAUUAGGAGACCUUACCCUUUCUUGCAGUCUGCCUGAGAAUAGCACCUAAUGGUUAAAAUAUGGGGAGUCACUGAGACUGUAUUUUCCCUAGUGGCCUGAUUUUAUGUAGAGCUUAUUCCUUUAAUCAUCUCCAGAGUCUUUCUUGUAAUCACCUUCUCUUUAUCCACAGGCUUCUUUUUCUGCUGUCUACAAGCUUAUACAGAGGCAACUAGGUGGCACAAUGGAUAAAAUUCUGGGCCUAGAGUCAGGAAGACCUGAGUUCAAAUUUAGCUUCAGAUGCUAGUUAAAAGUUCUAUUCCUUCAUGGUUAGGUAGAGAAGAGAGAAGAGGGAGGACAAGAUAAUACAUUCUUUUUAGGCUUACCCUUUCAUUUCAGCCAUUUUUCUUGGGACAAUGCUGAAACUCUCAUAAUGAGACCUCACCCUAACUUAAGGUAAACUCAGCACCUUUGUGGAUGAGGUAAAGUGAACUCUAGAAAAUGACAGAGGUUUUGCCCCAGUGUUUUACACAGUGCAUAUAGAAGAAUAGGAAACGAGUUGAGAGUGGUGAAGUUACUUGUCCAAACCACCCAGACUUAAAAAUGCCUCGGAGGAAGAAGAAAGUUGCAGAAGCUACUGACCCUGAGAGAUUGGAGGAGGAAAAUGAAGAAAUUCUCAAAGUAAAGAAGAUGGAAAACUUAUUCAUUGUCAUCUCUGAUAGUGAUGAGGAAUCUGGGGAAGAGAAUGGACUGCCAAGGACAAGGUCAAUGCAGCCGUUGGAUAGAGCAAAGUUUGCAGCCAAAAGAAGAAUUACACAGAUGACAGAAGAGGAGCAGUUUGCUUUGGCUCUGAAAAUGAGUGAACAAGAAGCACAGCAAGUGAAUGACCAGGCAGAAGAAGAAGAGGCGCUCUUAAGGAAGGCCAUUGCUGAGAGCUUGAAUAGUUGCCAACCUUCUGAUUCCUCUGCUACCACCUCUGCACCUUUGUUCACUGGAGUACCUGGACAGUAUCAUCAGGAGAAACCAGUGGUCUCUGAGACUAUUGAAUACACGUUGCCUCGUCCUGAAUCUUCACACUCUCCUAUCACCUCCCUGGCACAGGCAUUUCAAUCUGAACAGACAGAAGUGCCCAAAAGCCCUCUGGUGAUGUUGAAGAGGUUAAGUCAAGAAAUAGUUGAAAGCUCAUUAGUAUCAAGCAUAAUUUUAUCUCAAGAAAAGAGCCAACUGUUGCUUAAAUCCAAUGAAACACGUUCCUCACCUAUUUUAAGUGACUCCAGUGAUGAAUUAUCAAGUCCUCCUGGUAAAAAACAGUUUGUUCUGAGUCCUACUUUUUCUCGAGUACCUACAGGAACAUGGCAGCUGGUACCUCGGAAAUUGUUUGCAAACGCAUGCGUUAGCCAAGAAGAGGAGGCUGAAGCAAGAGAGAAGUGUUUGGAUCAUACUGUUGACCUGGAAGUGGAGCCAGUCACUGGAAGUUCAGGAAUUAGGGAUAAAUUCAACCAGCCAAUUCUUGAGAGUAAGAACUCUAACUUUUUUGAUAAUGGGACUAGUCAAUGGACUGAAGGUACAAAGUGUAAACAGCCUAAAGAAAAUAGUAGGCUAGGUUGUGGUUCUUUCAUGGCUACACAAAGGAAAGAAAAGACACCUCAGUUCCGCCUCCCUGGCACAAUUGAUGUCAAGGGUCUGCAGGAAGAAAUUGGAGGCACUGUGCACUAUUACUGGGGCAUCCCGUUCUGCCCUAUUGAAAUGGACCCUAACCAGUAUACUAAGGUCAUACUAUGUCAGCUGGAGGUUUAUCAGAAAAGCCUGAAAUUGGCUCAGAGGCAACUUCUUCAAAAAAAAGAGUUUGGAGAGCCAAUAUUACCUGACUCUCCUUCCCUGCUGCAAAAGGAGCAUGAUGGACGAGAUCAAGCCAAAGGACUAAAUGAAUCUCUUGCAGAAAAGAUAGGAAACGAUAACACAGAAACAAGGAAAGAACUACUGACAUCUACCUGGCAUUUAAAAAGGAAGGCUAUCCAUGGGAGUCCAUUGCAGAGUUUGAAAGAAAAGGCUUUACUGGAGGAAGAACCAACAACCAGUCACCAUCAGAGUUCCCAGGUUCUAUUUGCUGAGGAUACACGUGAAGAGGAUGAAGUUAUGACAAUUACAUCAAGCCCCACUGCUCUAUGUCUGUUAGCCCGUAAGAGAAACCGAGUUAUUGCCAGAGGACACUCAGCAGAGGACAUCACUGUCUGCCCAGAGACUCAACUAAGUCCAUCUGAAGUUCUUGUAUUUGAGAGAGAAGAGGCAUGCCUGGCUAGUAAAGAAAGACCUGUUAAGGCUGCUGUCAAUGAAAAUAUUGAGAAAGAAAUGUCUGCCUCCAUCUUCUCGGCUCAUAUCCAGGUGUCCUGCCCAAUGUGUGACCAGGGUUUCCCACCCACAGAAAUUGAGCUGCAUGCCAUGUAUUGCAAUGGUUUAGUGGGGGAGGAGGAAAGCAGAGACUCACCAGUGUUGACUCGGAAAAGGAAACUGGCCAAGAAUAAGAGUGACAAUAGGAGAGACACCCAGCCAUCCCUAGACAUUGACAAGAUUGAGAAAUGUUACCUCUGCAAAUCCCUGGUUCCUUUCAAAGAGUAUCCAAGUCAUGUAGACUUCUGCCUUCAGAUUGCAACAGAUGACCAAGGAAACAAACUGGAAAGAGACAAUGGACGAUCUUCAGAUUCUGAAGGAAAAAGUGAGAGGCAGAAGAACACAAAGGAAGGGGAUAAGAAUGGAGGACGACUCCUCAGCUUGUUGGAGCAGUCUGAAAAUAAGUCUGCAGAUAUUGAUAUGAAGACAGAGAUGGCAUCAGAAGGAGAAGCUUUCAGGUAUCCCCAUUCAGAGAUGGAGAAUGCAGAUUGUAGCAGAAGAGUCCAGAGCACCUUUAAUUUGAAUGACUCUCCCAUCAAGUCUUUUGUUUCUAUUUCGGAAGCCAAGGAUUGCCUGGUGGACUUUAAAAAACAACUUUCCGUUCGACCUGGCAGUCGGAAACGGACCAAAGCGAACAGAGGAAAAAGGAGAAAAACUUGAGCUUCUUGCAAUGGAAUGGAAGGUUGACAGAUCCAUUUAAGAAAUAUGUGGCUGGACUUCUUUCUGUAGCCCAAUUACUGUUCUUUCUCUACUUAUUGGUCAGGGUCAGGCCAUACCUUUGUCAUUACCAGCACAACUACUCAAAUCUUUUAAAAAAUGUUUUCUAUGAUCUGUAUAGGGAAAAAGUGUAUAGAAUUUGUGUUUUCUAAUUACUUGUUUGAAAUUGCUUAUAGUUAAAAGAAAAAUGAAAUAUAUUUAUGUAUGUUUCUAUGAAACUAAAGCAAUAAGGUUUUCCUUUCCUUCCUUUGUUUAUGGUUCCUCAUGUUAGACAUACUAAUUUUAGAGAUAAGGAAUCACAGAUCACGUGUUUCAGAAUUAAAUGCAUCAUUGGCUGUGGACUUGUCACCAGUAUUCUUGAUCUUGGGUCACUUGGUGUGCAUUGUUCCAAACAGUUUCCAUAGUUACUCCCUUGAACUUUUCAGGCCUCUCUUUCCUCUGAGCUUUAUUCCUAAGAAGCUUCAUCCAUCUGAAAUAUUCUGCCAUCUUCGUGAUUCCUCUACAGUCUUUACAACAGACAGAAUUCUAGAUGGCCAUUCCUAGCAGUAUUUUUCUGUUAAGUAAGAGAAUGUUCUGAAAUCAGUUAUUUGUUCAACCUCACAAGGCUCUUGUUAUGUAUAGUCAUUUUCUCUUCACACUAGCCGGUGGGAAUGUCAAUUGGUUAGAAAUGAUCUCAGCUCUGUUUUGUAUUAGCCGGAGUUUUACAGAGGCAGCAGAGUGUCUCUGAUUUGCUUAUGGUGAGUUGUACUACUGGAUGCUGAGAUGUAGCCCAAAUUUCAUCCAGUAUACUAGCAGAAUUUUAGCUUCUAAGGAUGAUAAAAGCAUAAGGCAAUAGGAAAAAAUAUUCAAGGUAUAGGAGAAAGGAGUCCUAGGAUAAUGGGGAGAGCACUCCCUGACCUUGGAGUCAGAGGACCUAGAUUUGAAUCCUGGCUCUGCUCAUUGCUUUAGGUGUCCUUUGGAAAGUCACUAACUUUAGGCUUAGCUUUUAAUAUGAGGAGAUUGGACUAAUUAAUCUCUUCAGUUCCUAAAUUCUAUGACUCUUCUGUAAGAUUCUGUUGAUAAAAGAUCCAGAUGGUAAGAGACAUUGACAAGGAAUAAGUGAUCAAAGCUUCUUUUAAUGUACACCAGAAAGGUAAAGGAGGUGGCAGCUGACUUCAAAUAGAUCUUUUACUAGGGAAACCUCAAGCAAGCUCAGUUUCCUCUGACUUCUACUUUUAGAAGUCCAGAAUUUUUGUUUUUUUAGAACUGGAGUGUUUCCAAAGGCACCUGAUUAUAGAAGGUACAAUUCAAAUCUAAGUUAUGGCUGAAACUGUCAUCAUAAUAUUUCCUCCAGGGUGGGUGGAGUGCUGCUAUACAGUUCUCACUCUCUUGGAAGAAGAUGGGAAAUAAGGAACACACAAGAACCUGGCCCUUUUUGGUGGAAGAAGGCAAGAUUAUGGAGCAUCCUAAAUGUUUGCUGCUGUUACUUUUGCUCCUUCCAAACUAUUCCCUCACCUGUCCAAAAAAAAGAACAGUCUGACAUUGACACCACUUUGCUCUGUGUGUGUGUGUGUGUGUGUGUGUGUGUGUGUGUGUGUGUGUGUGAUGACCUGUGCCAAACAGUCAUUCUAUACUCAUGAGAGGGAGAUCCUCUUAUUUCUGCUCUUCAGUGCUGGGGAAAAUGCUGCAUUUUGAUUGUGGUAUUGAUUCUUUACCUGUUUUCCUUCUAAUGACAAGCGGUUUAUUAGUUAUGCACCAUCAGCUCAAAUCCUGCUAGUUUUUGCUCUCCCUAAAUGGCAAUUUAUUGAAGGUAGAUCUCCAUAAAUAGGGGAUAUAGUGUUUAUCUUUUGUCUGAAGAUAAAGGAAGUAAAGAACUAAUCCUGGAGAAUGAAUUACUUUUCUUUAAGUUUGAGUAUUCACCAUACAAGUUUGGUGAAUUGAUGAAUUGAAUUGAUGAAUCCAUAUUCUAUUGAAGUAGGAUAUGGGUUAGGAAAAUAGGAACCCAAGAGACCCAAUUAUCUUAUGAAUUCAUGAAUAGGAAAUGGGGAGGUUGGAGGGAGGGAAGGGAAUUCCUCAAUAUUUACCUUUUGUGGGCAAAGACUAAUUUAAAUCUUUCCCUCCUUUACUAACACCCUGCUUCAACUUCAUUCUUACUUGGAAUCUCCCCCAGUACCCAAGACCUUCUCAUCCUGGAAUAUCCCAUUGGUGUAUUCACCUGGAGCAGCCUCUGGUUUAGGGAGGAGCCAAGGUUGGCCAGCCUUCAUCUCCUUCCUUGCCCUGCUUCUGACUUUCCAGACUUAAAUGCCAUGUACUUAUGUCAGAUACCUUCACCUCUUCCCAACCUUUCCAGCUUCUUUUUGUGUGUUGUCUUCUCUCGUUAGAUUGUAAGCUCCCUGAGGGCACAGAUUGUGUUUUUGCUUGUAUUUAUUUGUAUCCCCAGAGCUUAGCAUAGUGCUUGACACAUAAAGAAUGCUUAAUAAAUGCUUGUUUCCUUGCA